CAACCCACAGAAGUGAGGAAAAGCUCCAAAUCCUCUCUCUCUCUCUCUACCCAGCCAGCCAACAUAGAGCAGAGUAUUACAAAAAGAAAAAUGGGGGAGAAGCAACUGAGCUGCUUCGCGAAAGUAAAGCCAUACCUUUUGAUGGUGUUUCUGCAAUUUGGGUAUGCAGGAAUGUACAUAGUGACGAUGGUGUCGUUCAAGCAUGGGAUGAGCCAUUACAUUCUUGCCGUCUACCGCCAUGUUGUCGCCACCAUCGUCAUCGCCCCUUUUGCACUUCUGCUCGAAAGGAAAACAAGGCCGAAGCUGACACUCCCAAUCUUCCUCAGGAUAAUGGUGCUCGGUUUUCUUGAGCCAGUGCUGGACCAAAACCUUUAUUAUGUGGGAAUGAAGUACACGUCGGCAACAUUCACAGCGGCUUCCGUCAAUAUCCUGCCGGCCAUUACAUUCAUCAUGGCACUCAUCUUCAGGUUGGAAAGCGUGAAUCUGAGGAAGAUACGCAGCGUGGCGAAAGUAAUCGGGACGGUGAUAACGGUGACGGGAGCCAUGGUGAUGACCCUCUUCAAAGGCCCCAUCCUCCGUUUCCUAACCCCGUCUCUUCCGUCCGCUGCUCACUCGUCCCACGGCUCCUCCGCCGCCGACGACGGCCACCCGGCCGACCAGCACUGGAUCGCCGGCACGCUCAUGCUCAUCGGCAGUUGCUGCGGAUGGUCCGCCUUCUUCAUCCUUCAGUCGUUCACGUUGAAGAAGUACCCGGCGGAGCUAUCGCUGACGGCGCUGAUAUGCCUGCUGGGGACGGUGGAAGGUUCCGCCGUGUCGCUGGUGAUGGAGAGGGACAUGAGUGUGUGGAAGAUCGGCUUCGAUUCCAGGCUUCUUGCUGCUGCUUACUCCGGAAUCGUGUGCUCGGGGAUCGCAUAUUACGUACAAGGAGUGGUGAUUAAAGAAAGAGGCCCCGUGUUUGUGACGGCAUUCAGCCCGCUCUGCAUGAUCAUCACGGCGGCUCUUGGCUCCAUUGUUCUCGCUGAAGAUAUCCGCCUCGGAAGCGUGAUUGGAGCGGUGAUCAUAGUUGUGGGGCUCUACACUGUUGUGUGGGGGAAGAGCAAAGACGUGAAGAACUUAACCGGCGACGAAGCGGAGGCGGCAGCAGAUGGGAAUGGAAAUGGUAAUUGGAAAAUUAGCGGCGGGCAGGAGCUGCCGGUGGUGGCGGUCGCCGCCGCCGCCACCACCGCCCGGCAUUGAUGAUGAUCUCAAAAAAUGAAUGGGGCCGACGAAAACGAAUCAUCAGUUCCGGCCUUAGCUAUAUAUAUAAACUCGCUGUGAUUUGAGAUCGAUGUUAAUUGAAACAUAUAUUGCAUAAUCCACCGCUUUAAUUUCUUUUUGUUUUUGUUUUCCCACAUCGAUCUCUAUGUAUGUAAUUAUUGAUAUGAUUCUGCCGAAUUAAUUGCGGUGUGAAGCCGGAAACUGGUUUACAGACUUUCAAACUAAAGGUGAUUAAACAAGAUAUAACCCAAAUGCGAGCCAUCACUUUGACGUUCACCAUGUUGAUUGCGUAUAUGCUCUGUUGAUACUCAAGGUGUUUCGUGUCUUUUGACUCGUAUAUGUUUCGUGUUUCGGGGUAUAUCAUAUCCAACAAUAUCAAUAUAAUUAUAUUUUGCUACAAGAUAUAGCGUUCUUUACAUAGAUGCCUGUCGAUUUUGUAUGCAUGACCAUAAUCGUUAUUUUGAUUAUCCUCUUUAUUUCAAAAUGAUCUCAAUCUUCAUUUGAAUUUGUAUAACAUUAAUGAUUAAUGAACAACAAAUUGUGUUCAUCAAUAACCAUUGUAAGGAGACACAUGGGCAAGAAUGCAAGGGUUAGUUAUAAUUCUCGACUACAUCACCAUAUUAAAUAGUAAAAUGGUAUAUUUGGUUCACCAUUCUACGAUCUGAAGAGCUUGAAAGCUCUGCUUCUCAAGAAAGUCACCGACCUCUAGCUAACUAAAUAAAUAAAGUUAUUGGGA